AGAGAUUUUUUUGAAAGAAAGACUCAUAAUGGAAUAUAUUUAUCUAUUAAGAGUGUAGGAUAUGCUUGAUAUAGCUUUGCGGAAGCAGCAAAUGAAAUGGUGAUGCUCGUGUGCUUCCUUGAGUGCCGUCAAGAUUCCCUUGACCAAUGCAAUGAUUCCCCCACAAUUCAAUUAAAGUCACACACCUUUUCAUUAUUAGGAAGGGGGAGGAGUGCCCUUGCCUUGAUAAUUCCCUGCGCAUGUGUGGAACAGAACAAUAAUGAACACGGACUAUUAUAGUUUGAUCAAUUCAAGUUAAUAUCAAUUUAAAAAAAACUGAUUAAACUUCAUGUUUUCAGGUGGAAAAAAAACACCUUCUCCGUGACCAGCCUGUCCCCAAAGGACUGAUUCAUUCCCUCCGUGUCCCAUGUUGAACGUGUAGCUGUAUGCAUCCUUGCGGAUGAUAAUUGUCAACCUGGCGUUUAUCGCACGGGAAGCAGGACAAUCCGCCAGCAUGGAGUUCGACAACAACACCAACCAGACGCUCCCAGGGGUGAUCCCGUUGAGCCUGCACAGUUCCCUGCCACUCAUGGUGCUGGUGAGCAUCAUAAUACUGCUCACUGUGUUUGGAAAUGUACUGGUGGUCAUCGCCGUAUUCACAAGCCGGGCUCUGAGGGCUCCACAGAACCUCUUCCUCGUGUCUCUUGCGUCGGCGGACAUUUUAGUGGCCACCCUGGUGAUGCCCUUCUCCUUGGCUAAUGAGAUCAUGGGAUAUUGGUACUUUGGGGAGAUAUGGUGCGAGAUCUAUCUGGCCCUAGAUGUUCUUUUCUGCACCGCCUCCAUUGCACACCUCUGUGCCAUCAGUCUGGACCGCUACUGGUCCAUCACGCAAGCCAUCGAGUACAACCUGAAGAGGACGCCGCGCCGCAUCAAGUGCAUCAUCUUCAUCGUUUGGGUCAUCGCAGCUGUUAUCUCCUUCCCGCCGCUAAUCACCAUGGAGAAGGAAAACAGCAAGGAGGACCCCGUUUGCAAGAUCAACAACAAAAAGUGGUACGUCAUCUCCUCCUGCAUCGGCUCCUUCUUCCUCCCCUGUGUCAUCAUGGUGCUGGUCUACAUCCGCAUCUACCAGAUCGCCAAAAAGAGGACGCGGGCGCCCCCGGGGGACCGCAAGCGGAUAGACAAGUCGAACACUGUCGCAACCUCCAACCAGAAGGCGAAUGGGGUGGGCGCAGGUGAGGCAGAGAAGCUGAAGGAGCACGAGGACAUCGAGCUGAAGGAAGGAGUCGGAGGCAAAGAAGGCGAGGUCAACGGUGUGGACAUUGAGGAGUCGUCCUCUUCUGACCACAAAGUCAACAAUCCCUGCUCCAUGAAGAAGAAAGCCGCCAAGAGCAGAAGUAAAAUCAAGCCGGGGGACGGCGAGGUGCAGAAGAAGCGCUCCAAAGGAAGCCGCUGGAAGGGUCGGCAGAACCGAGAGAAACGCUUCACUUUUGUCCUGGCGGUGGUCAUCGGAGUCUUCGUCAUCUGUUGGUUCCCCUUCUUCUUUACGUACAUGCUGAUGACGCUGUGCAACUCGUGCCCCAUCCCAGACACCCUCUUCAAGUUCUUCUUCUGGUUCGGCUAUUGCAACAGCGCGCUGAACCCCAUCAUCUACACCAUCUUUAAUAAUGACUUCCGCAGAUCCUUCAAGAAGAUACUGUGCAAAAGGGAUGCCAGACGAUAUGGAUGAUGGACUGCAGUUCUUGUAGAUACCCCCCCCCCCACGCCCACACACACUUUCUGCACACAUCUGAUAUAUAAAAAUGUGAAUAUGCUCCGGGUGUGACUAUUGGGGAGAGGAUUAUUGUAGCGUUGGUAGCCAGCGUCCAGGAAAAUCUUUGUGUUCCUAUGACUCGGUUCGCUCCCAUCAAUCCAGCGCUGAGCCAUUUGGGUUAACGUAAUUGAAGCUAAUGCUCCAGAAGUGGAGCCAAAAUUUGUCCAGUGUUGGUAUAAUUUACAAAACACAUUGGGUUGUUUGUGGCACUGCCCAUCACUCUGUCCAUUCAUCAGUCUAAGAAAGAAAAUGAUUUUGGUUAGUGAGAAUGCUGACCGGUAUCGGAAAUAAUCUGAUCUGUGCUACUUCCAUGACGAUGCAAUGUAUAUUACAGUAUUUUUUUUUUCCAAAUAUGGCCCCCAGCCCCACUAAAUUUUUUUUUCACCCGAGGAGGCCACACCUUUCCCUCCACGCUGCGCCACUACCGAAGAGGCUUUAGCCAAAUGGGCUGUACAUGCACCAUUAGCUUGAUUUCUGUUGAUUUGAAAAACAUCUUCCGCAACAGCUUCAGCACAGAACUUGAUAACACAAGGGAGCACUCAGCAGUAAAUUCAUUGUAAGUGUAUUUGUUUUUUUUAUUUUUAUAAAGACAUCCGAGUCAAUGGCAUGGUUUUAUUUUGCUAUUAUUUGAUGUCGAAAAGCUGUCUAAAUAUUGCUAUGGAUACUGUAUUGUGCCAUUUUGUACGAUAUGAAAACUGUCUGGUGUUCAUGAUGCUGAUCAAAAUAUUGGGGAAAUGGUGGCACUUGAAUAAAACUCAUUCCCUGAAACUGUU